GACAGGAUUGCUCGAUUGCGCUUUUAAGCUCCUUCCAAUUCCCUUAAAUAGAAGCAGCACUCCCAACUCCUCUCCCUCCUCUCACUCUCACACAUUCAAAGCAUACACCAAAAAAGAACAUGAAGCAACUAAAUCCCUCUCUUACUAAACUGAUCAUCCCCUUCUUCACCAUCUCCGCCCUCUUCCUCAUCCCCUCGACCUCCGCCCAGACCUGCCGGACCGCCUGUGGAAACCAGCCCAUCCGCUACCCCUUCGGGAGUGGCCCGGGCUGUGGCGACCCCCGCUUCCAGGGCCGCAUCACGUGCGACGAGGCGCAGCAGAUGCUCACCCUAACCACCCACACGGGGUGCUACCCCAUCACCGCCAUCGACUACGCCGCGCAGGUCAUCUACAUCUCCGACCCAACCAUGUCCACGUGCGUGUGCUCCCAAAGCAGCCGCGGCUUCGGCCUUGACUGGGAUGCCCCCUUCUCCAUCCACGAGAACACGAUCUUCGCCCUCCUCGACUGCUCCACCUCCGCCUCCCCCAUAUACAGCCCCGCCGCCCCGGGGAAUUCCUCCUUCUCCUCCUCCCCGCUCUGCGACGCUGCGGGCACUUCCAUAUGCAGCUUCCUCUACUCGUGCCACGCCAUAAGCAUGAUGAACCAGCCUAUCUCCACGUGCUGCGUGUACACGCCCGUCGACCUCGGGCCAGCCUAUGAGAUGGACCUCGGCAAGCUCAAGUGCAGCUCGUACUCGGGGUUCUACAGCUUCGACGGGCAGGAGGUGGACCCCGACCGGUGGAAGUACGGGGUUGCGCUCAAGUACAAGUUCAACGUGUACAACGAGUACCCAAGCUCGUGCGCCAAGUGCGAGAGGAGCGGCGGAGCUUGCGGCUAUGGCGGGGCUUAUGGCACGUUCGUGUGCAGUUGCCCCGACGGCGGGCUGAACACCACCUCAGAUUGCUUCUUCGGCGCGUCCUGGAGUGAAACUUCCGGGCACAUUCCUGCUCCGCACACAGGAACAUGGGCUUCGCUUCGCUCAGUGGUCUCCAUUUUGUCGCUGGUCAUGAUCAGAGCGCCAUAAAACCAUCGGAGGAGCUCAUAAUAAGGCAUCCGAUCUCGGCUUAUGCUUCACGUGGAGAAGCUCAUGAUUCUUCGAUCGCAAGAAACUGAUGUUUGCUCCCGCGAUGAAUCGUGUAAAGAAAACCAAGUUAAUCGCUCACUGAUAAAUGAACUAUGGAAAGACAAGCGAUAGCCUCUCUAUUCCCUCUUUUUCUU